UAUGGAAAAUUUGUGGUUUCCCUGCUUUAUCUCCUUAAAUAAGCUCGUACAAAGGUCACUCGUAAAGAUUUUUACACAUAAUAAAUUAUGGAUGCAUGACCAGCUUCGUGAUAUGGGGAGACGGAUUGUGCAACUAGAAAACGUGGAUGAUCCUGGAAGCUGCAGUAGGUUAUGGGAUCGAGAAGAGGUCUUUGAUGUGUUGACGAACCACAAGGGGACUAGUAAGAUUCGAGGCCUCAUCCUCAGAUGGGAUGUACGGAGGCUGGGUUGGGAAAGUAAAGCAUUUAAGCAAUUGACAAAUCUGAGACUACUCUACAUCAAUAUUCCAUCUCUUAAUAUAAUCUUCAACUAUCUUCCAUCAGAAUUAGUGUAUCUAAACUGCACACAAGGUACUUUAAGGUACACGCAAGGUUAUCCCUAUGGAACGCUUCGUGCCAGGAAAUAUACUUCAAGAUACAUCAAAGGUUAUCCCUACCAAAAGCAUGCUGCCAGGUACAUUGAAAAAGGUUAUCCCUUUGAAAUGCCUGAUGUCAUUGACUUGUCAGACUGUAACAGUGAGCAGCUCAACCUGAAGUUGAAGGUUAUUGAUCUCAGCAUGUGUAACUUGAAGAGAGUUUUGGACUGUUAUCUAUACCCGAACUUGGAGAGGUUGUAUCUCGAGGGAUGCUGCUGGUUGGUUGAGAUUCCCGACUCCAUUGGCUUUUUAGGGAAUUUAGUUCAUCUCACUCUUAAAAGGUGCUCCAACCUCAAGGAACUGCCAAGCAGUAUUUCAAAAUUGCAUUCUCUUCAAAAGCUUAAUCUAAAUUCUUGUGCAGCACUUAAGAUGCUGCCGGAGCAGUUGGGUUCCUUGAAAUCUUUAACAGAACUUCUUAUCAAUUCUAGUGGCAUAGUGCAACUACCUAUUUCAAUGGGAAAUUUAACCAGCUUGAAAAUUCUUUGCUCGAGUAGUACUAUGGUAAGACGACUUCCUGAUUCUCUAGGCUUAUUAGAGAACCUUGUGAUGUUGAAUGUGGAUGACUGUGAGGUGCUCAACAGAUUCCCAACAUCAAUGGGAACGAUGAAGUCACUGUGUCAUCUAAACAUGAGGAGAACUGCAAUAGCCAUGCUGCCUGAUGAUUUUGGACUUCUCUAUAACUUGGAAAUGUUGAAUAUGCAAGAGUGUAGACAUUUGAAUGCGCUUCCAGAAAACUUUGGAGGUGUUACAAGUUUAAGGACUCUUAAUGUACAAUUCAACAUCAAUUUGAAGAGGCUUCCAUCUACUUUCUCAGGUUGUUGCUCCUUGGAGGAAUUGGAUGCAAGCGGUUGUAACUGGCAGAUGAUGAUUCCUGAUGAUUUUGAAAAAUUAUCCUCAUUGAAAUUUUUGUGUCUCCAUGGGAACAAUUUCCAUGGCCUUCCCUGUAGCAUGAGGGGUCUUUCUCAGCUAGAAUUGAUGACUAUACAUAAUUGUGAGCAGCUGUUAGCUAUCCCUGAGCUACCCCCCAGUUUGAAUAGUCUGAAUGCUGACGGAUGCACAAGUUGGCGAACCAUUGCCAAGCAAUCUCAUGCCACUAAACUAAAACACUUGGAUUUUAGAAACUGCCGGGACUUGGUAACUAUCCAGGAUCUCCCCACUAGUUUGAAAACUUUGCAUGCUUCCAACUGCAUAUCGUUGCAAACUAUUGCCAACCUCUCUGACCUUUAUCAACUUGAAGAAUUGUAUCUCACAAAGUGUAAGAGCCUGACUGAGAUACCUGAUCUCAGUGCACUGAAAUCUUUGAGAUACUUAAGCUUGAGGGGGUGCAGGCCUCAUGUUUUGCAGGGUCUAAGUCUGGCAAAGGAGAAUGUGCGCCAUUACUUUUCUUGAUGCUUUUUGUUGCUUCCUUGUUUGGGUGAGGUAAUGUGAUUGAGAA